GCAGGCUUCCGCUCCCGCUCCUCCUUCAAGCUCCUCCAGCUCAAUAGGAAGUUCCAGUUCCUGCAGAAGGCCCGGGCGCUGCUGGACCUGUGCGCGGCCCCCGGGGGAUGGUUGGAGGGGCUGAGUUCUUCAUCUCUCCCCUUGACACCAGGGGUGGACUUGGUCCCCAUCAAGCCCAUUCCCAACGUGGUGACGCUGCAGGAGGACAUCACCACGGAGAAGUGCCGCCAGGCCCUGCGCAAGGAGCUGCAGACCUGGAAGGUGGACGUGGUGCUGAACGAUGGAGCACCCAACGUGGGAGCCAGCUGGGUGCACGACGCUUACUCCCAAGCCAACCUGACCCUCAUGGCCCUGAAGCUGGCCUGUGAGUUCCUGUGCAAGGGAGGCUGGUUCAUCACCAAGGUGUUUCGUUCCCGGGACUAUCAGCCCCUCCUGUGGAUCUUCCAGCAGUUCUUCAGCAAAGUCCAGGCCACCAAGCCCCAGGCCUCCCGCAACGAGUCUGCUGAGAUCUUCGUCGUGUGCCAGGGUUAUCAGGCUCCAGACAAAAUAGACAGCAAGUUCUUUGACCCAAAAUAUGCUUUCAAGGAGGUGGAGGUUCAGACCAAGUCUGUUAGCGAGCUGGUCAGCAAGAAGAAGCCAAAGGCAGAGGGCUAUGCAGAUGGGGACACCACCCUCUACCACCGCUUCACCCUGAUGGACUUCCUCAAGGCUCCCAACCCCGUGGACUUCCUCUCCAAGGCCAACGAGAUCACUCUGGAGGAUGGGGAGCUGGAGAACCACAGCUGCACCACGGAGGAGCUGCGCCAGUGCUGCAGGGACAUCCGCGUGCUGGGGCGCAAGGAGCUCAGGUACUGGGGGCACUGGGAGGGGGUGCUGGGAGGGCCUGGGGGAUGGGCCUGGAGGGAGCAGAGGAGAUGGUCUGAGCUCCUUCCUUUUGGCAGCCUGAGCUCCGGGGAAGAGGAGGAAGGUAAAGAGGAGGAGGAGAAGGAGAAGAAGAUGGCUGUGGCUGAUGAGGGGGCGAAAGAGGAAGAGGAGGAGGUGGAGCUGGCGCUGGCAGAGAUGAAGGCCAAGGAGCUGGCAGAGCUGAAGAGGAAGAAGAAGAAGCUCCUGAAGGAGCAGCGGAAGCAGCGGGAGCGUGUGGAGCUGAAGAUGGAUCUCCCAGGGGUCUCCAUCGCCGACGAUGGUGACACCAGCAUGUUCUCCCUCAGGACCAUCCAGAGGAUCCCACUGCUGAACGAGGUGACCCGUGGGGACAUGGCAUCAGCUGAUGCCCUCCUGGAGCUGGGGCCUGGGGACGAUGACAUCUACAUCUCAGAUCACGAGGGGGAGGAGGAGGAUGAUGUGUCCCUGGCCAGCGACCUGGACCCCGAGGAGCUGGUGGAGAUCGAGGAGCGACAGCGCCGGCUGGAGCGGGAGAGGAGAGAGCAGGGGGUGAAGAGGGUGAAGUUUAAGCAGAAGGAACAGGAGGAGAAAGAGGAGGAGGAAGGGGAGGAAGAGGAGAAUCCCCUGCUGGUGCCCCUGGAGGAGAAAUCAGUGCUGGAGGAACGCCAGACCAGCCUGUGGUUCGGGAAGGAGGCCUUUGCUGGCAUCGAGGAGGACGCGGACGCGGAGCUGGAGCUGGGGCAGUCCCAGGUGCUGGCUGAGAGGCAGCGCCAGGCUCAGAGAGACAAAGCAACAAGGAAAGUGCAGAAGAAGGUGGUGCCCCAAGAGGAAGCUCCAGCUGAGCCCCCCCCUGCUGCAGCCCCAGGGCCUGAGGCUGGAGAAGCUCAGGAGGAGCAGAGCAGUGAUGAUGACACCAGCAGUGACGACGAGAGCCCACCAGCACCAGUGGGCAUUAAGCGGGGCCGUGUCGAGCCGGGUGGCUUCGAGGUGGUGCCCAUUGAGAACCCAGUGAAAAGAGCCCGUGUCCUGGACGCAGAGGGUCUGGCACUUGGCACUGUCAUCGCCACCUCCAAGAAGGCCAGGAGGGACCUCAUCGAUGACUCCUUCAACAG